AUGGAAGAAACACUCACUAAUACAAGUCAAAAUAAAACAUACACAGAAGUAAGUACACAAGAUAUUACUGAAUUUAAUAACCCGACUAACCCGAAUACACCACAGCAACUAAUUACCACUGUAAUGUACUAUAUACGCCUUAUAUUUACCAUAAUUACACCAAUAUUCUUUACUACACUAAUCAUAGAAUUAGCACAGAAUUUAAAUAUAAUGGUAAAUAAUUCACCAUACAUUGCAUAUAAAGAUAUUAGUAUAAACCUAACUAGACCAGCUAAAACCAUGAUAUCCAUAAUAAUAUUCAGUAUAUACUUACUACUUAAUAUAAUAUAUUAUAUACCCAGAACUAUCUCCCUUAUAAGACCAGGUUAUAAUACACCCGUAUAUAAUAUAUAUAAUAAUAUUAGUGUAUACAUUAAGUAUAUUUAUAUACCACUAAGUAUAUUUAUAUUAGUACCAAGUAUAUCUACUAUUAUAUAUAAAUAUAUUAUAAUACAUGAGUGGCUUAUACUUAUUAUUAAUGGAUUCUUUAUAUUACAGUUAGUAUAUAUUAUAUCUGAAAUUAUAUUUAAUUAUAUUAAUACAUUCCAGUAUACUGUGUACACCCCAUCAUCAGAGAGAAUGAAAAUCACUUUCAUAAGUAUAUAUUAUAUAAACCAUAUAAUAAUACUUUUAUUAUGCAUGGUACUUAUAAUGCACUCAACUGAAUUUAUACCAAUGACAGUAUUAGAGAGUAUUUAUAUAAACAGAACCAUAAGCACUGUUAAUAACACAGUAUAA